AUGGAUUUGGAGUAUAACCAUGGCUAUAACUAUGAAUCUGACAACUCUGAUGAUAAUGUCACUCAAAUAAGUAAACUUGAUCUAGGAAGUCCUUUGCAUUUACAUCCUAAUGAUUCUAGUACUCUGUCUAUUGUGUCUAUUAAACUAAAAGGAACUGAGAAUUAUCAAGUGUGGAGUUGUGCUAUGAUGCUUGCUUUAGAGGCUAAAAAUAAAGUUGGUUUUAUUGAUGAUUCUUGUAGAAGGUCUAAUGUAGAUGAAGUGCUAGGAAAGCAAUGGGAUAGAUGUAAUGCUGUGGUUAUGUCUUGGAUUCUGAAUUCUAUUUCUGAAGAACUUUAUCUUGGUCAAAUUUUUUCUAGCAAAGCUUCUCUUGUUUGGCAAGAAUUAAAAGAUACCUAUGAUAAAGUAGAUGGAUCUGUCAUUUUUAAUCUGCAUCAUAAAAUAAACUCUCUGUGUCAAAAUGGAAUGCUUCUGUCUGAUUACUAUCACAAGUUAAAUGCUCUUUGGAAACAAUUUGAUGCUUUAGUUCAACUUCCUAGAUGUACUUGCCAUGCUGCUCAAGAUUUUUCUAAACAUACUCAAAUGUUAACUAAUGCAAUUCUUAAUGGGACUUGA